AUGAGGAACCCAAAAAGAAACAAACAUGGCUUUAAACCAGCUCAUAUUGCACAAGAAGUCUGGAACUCCUGGAAAUUAAAAUGGAAUACAGAAGAAUACAAGCUAAAAUCUAAGCAGCACAAGAAAAAUAGGUGUAACGGUGUGGCUGAUGGAGUAGCAAAACUUACACAUAACGAUGGAUCCGCAUGUCAUUUGAAGAUAGCUUCUGAUUUGAAUAGGAAAUUAGGACAUGAGCCACCCCAUAGUGAAUUGUUCAUGUAUACACAUACUAAGAAUCAUGAUGGAGUCACUUUCACAAAUGAAAAAGAUAGACAAAUUCGUGCGGCUUAUACAGAAAAACGGGAAGAGUUGGAAGCUGAAGGUGUUGAAUUUGAGGAGGACAAGCUAAUUUAUGCUAUAGUUGGUGGUCAUGAUAAAAAAGAAGACUUCAUGGAUUAG